CUCAGCCCGCGCUAUCGCUCAAUGUUAAACACUAAUUUUGUAGUGCAGCAACAAUAAACAUGUUAGUUUAUUAUUCUCCACGCUGUCUCCGUUUUUUUCGAAAAUACCGACCCUACACACGUCAUUCUCCGAAAAUGUGAGUUACACAGUACCACAAAAAUAAUAACAAAAUAAUGCGAAGAGCAACAAGAGCGCAUCUUUAUAAAUAUGUGACCAAAUGACCUUAAGUGCGGAAGAUAAACCAGUGCUCGAUGUGUUGCCUGUGGGAAUGCAAAAUUGUGCGCUUGUCCUCAAGGAUGAAGAUGGGAACGACUUCGGUACCGAGCUGGAGCACAUUUCCGGUGGCAGCGACUCAACCAUUACUCCCGCCGCAAUUAAUAUUGAAAAUUCCAGUGACGUUAUCAUAGGACCGGUUACUCAGUUUAAUGGACCUGUUACCAUUUACCAGAACGUCGCAGGGAACGGAGUACCAGCGAGUAUCGCAGAAAACGAAUCCGUGGAUAAUAAGCCCAAUGGUACAUGUUGCAAUGGAAAACUCGUCAAGUCCGAAAGCACUUCGUCCGAUUCGCCGCCACAGUCCUCGGAAAAAUCGAAGAAAAUCUUCACGUACUCCAAACACCUGAAGUACCUUGGAAUUUUUGCGGGGGUACUAGUGGUGGUUGUGGUGGUAGCAACAGCAGCAGUACUCUCGUUGAAGAACGAAGCUGAUAAACCCCCUCAUGGUCGACCUACCGAGAAUCCACACACAGCGAUACCGUCCGUCAUUCCUAGGACCACCACAAAACCAGGGAAUCGUAACGACACUCUUAUACCUGCAGGGCCUGGACUCAUCAUCGAGAAGGACAAAUGGGGCGGAAGAGCGUCUUUGAAUUGGACUACAUCUCUCAUUCUUGAACAUCCGACAAAUUUUGUUAUUAUAAUGCAUACUGUAACUCCGCAGUGUCACACUUUUGAUGAAUGUAGUACCAGAGUUCGAUCUAUGCAAAGUCAACAUGUCGGCACAGGAGCGAGUCCUGAUAUAAGGUACAAUUUUGUGGUAGGAGGAGAUGGCAAUGCGUACGUGGGAAGAGGAUGGGAUAUGAAAAACGCCGGACAAUCAGAUGCCAUCGGAAUUAGUUUUAUAGGAGAUUACGUUUAUGAUUACUUGACGCCCGAAAUGAUCGACAUUACGAAGAAGCUUAUAAAUAUAGGGGUUGAAAAGGGGAAACUCGCUAAAGAUUACAAGCUGGUGGCUCACAAUCAAACAUAUGCUACUAUAAGCCCUGGCCCACAUGUUUACGAAGUGAUCAAAAACUGGCCACAUUUUGACCCUACGAGGUAUAUUUGAUUUGUAGAUCUGUUAUUUGUGACGUUCUGUUUUAUCAGAUUUUAUUGUGAUUGCUUGUUGGUAUAGACUAAAAGUCAACGAACGCGGAAGUGCUAGUCAUAAAAAUGUGCUGUAAACGUACCUAGUGUUGUAAAUUGGUAGGUGGUAAAUAAUUUUUAGUUACGUACUUAUUUCGUAAUCGUAGAAAUAGAUAUUGUACGUGAAAAUGUAUUUGUUACGAAAUUUGUUAAAAUUCUGAUUUUAAUACGAGGGCAUUGUAAAUAUCUGCUCAGAAUUAUAAAUCAGUCCACAAAUAUAAUGUACCUUAAUCAAG